AUGUCUGGUCAGACUUCUAGAGGCAGGAGGAAGUAUAAACUGGUUAUUUUAGGUGACGGAGGCGUGGGAAAAAGCGCUCUGGUUAUACAGUUUGUUUGUCAUAGAUUUCUGGAGUAUCAUGAUCCAACAAUUGAGGACUCAUUUGAGCAGCAGUGUCGGAUUGAUGAUGAGCCUGCCCAUCUCGAUAUACUGGACACGGCUGGGCAGACUGAGUUCACUGCUAUGCGUGAGCAGUACAUGAGGAAUGGUGAAGGAUUUAUCCUGUGCUUCUCCAUAACAGAUAGGAGAAGUUUUGAUGAACUUAUAACAUACAGAAACCUCAUCAACAGAGUACGAGCUGGAGAUGAGAUUCCAAUUAUCAUAGCAGGAAACAAAUGUGAUUUAGAACAUAAAAGAAAGGUAAAAUAUGAAGAGGGACAAGCACUAGCACGCCAGUUAGGAUGUCAUUAUUAUGAAACAUCAGCAUAUCUGAGAAAAUGUAUAGAUGACGUCUUCCAUGGACUUGUAAGAGAAAUUCGAGAAAAAGAAAAGGAAAAACUUGAACAGGGACAGAAUCCUAAAAAGAAGCAAGGGCGAGUUAGGAAACUUCUGACUUCACUUCAACCUGGGCAUCUGUUUAGGAGGGGAUCGACUAGAAAACAGCCCAAGUAA